AUGAAUGUUGAAGAGGAAAAAGAAUAUUUUGUUGAUGUUGGGGGUGAUAAUUCUAAAUCUAGAGAGUUGGAAUUCUCCACGCAGAACAGUUGUGGGAUUGAUGAUUAUACUCAUACCUCACCGAACGUUAGCUACGUAGAUUGUAACGUACCAGGACCAGAAUGUGAUAUGGAUGAUUUUGAAGCCCAGUAUGCUAAGGGCUGCAAUUGUUUGGAUGGGAAUUGUGCCUCAGAAGAAAGUUGUCCAUGUGUCUCAAGGUAUGGUCAGAACUACGUGGAUUUCUGUUUGUUGCCUGGCAAAUUUGGUGGGCCAGUGGUGGAAUGUAACAGUGAGUGUAGUUGUGCAUUUGAAGGUAAAUGUGCUAAUAGUUUGGUACAGCGAGGACCUCGAAAAUUUUUGGAAAUAUUCAGCACAUCAAACGGGAAGGGCUUGGGAUUGCAGACGAAUUCAAAAAUCCCCAUCGGUGGCUUCAUCUGUGAAUAUGCCGGCGAGGUGAUCGGUGAGGAAGAGGCUCGAAGACGCGCUCAGCGCACCACCUCCCGGCAGAUGAAUUACAUUUUUGUGUUGAAGGAGCACCUCUCGGGUGGGACGGUCAUCAAGACGUGCGUCGACCCCACGAUGAUCGGGAACAUCGGUCGCUACAUAAACCACAGCUGCCGGCCGAACGCAGCCGUCGUGCCGGUGCGAGUGGACUGCCCUGUUCCCAGGCUGGGUAUAUUUGCUGUGAGAGACAUCGAGGCCGGCGAGGAAAUUACAUUCGACUACGGCGGUGAGGUAGGGGACUCGAAGCCGGGACCAGCCACCUCUGUCUGUAGAACACCUUGUUGCUGUUCGGCUGAAAGCUGCAGGAAGUAUUUGCCAUUUGAUUCAGCACUACUGUGA